CACAAUAUUUCAAGGACAUCGAGACAGCGCGAUAUACAGAAAUUUAAUAUUGAAAACAUUCCCGAUUUGACCGGAUACAAAUAUAUACUGAUAGCGAGUUUCACAAACAUAAUGUGAUAUUUGCGAAGCUAGCGAAUGAAAUAAAUUCAUGAAGAUAAGUUGCUGAAUUCAGAAAACGAAAAUAACAAUACGGUUUCGCAGAGUGUGAUAACCGUUCGAACGAGCAAGAACAAAUACAACCGAAGUUAUGGCUGCUUACAACUGGGUGGAAACAGAUGUGACAUCUCGAAUGCCUGGAAAUGCUUUACGCGGUGGAUAUGAUGCGGACGGAUCUCAUAUUUAUGUAGGAAAAGCUUUUCAUCAGGGAGACUGGAUUCCUUCGAAAGUUAUUCCUAUAAAAAAUGUAGCCUAUGUGGCGUAUAAUGGAAAAGAACAUGCCAAAAACAGGGUCCAGGUUCUGUGUGGACCACAACACCGAUUCCAAUGGGUCUCAGCCAGUAAUGGGAGAGUCCCACCAUGUUCCAUAGAAGGCGGAAAAACAUCUACUGGGGAAGCCCUCUACAUAGGAAGGGUUAGACAUUCCGGAUCUCAAACUGUUGGAAAGGUUCAUCCCACUCACGGAGUAUGCUACAUCUCCUUCGGGGGCAAAGAAAUACCCUUCAAAGAUUAUGAAAUUUUGAUAAUGAGAGGUUGAACACAUUCACGACUGAAAAUUUUUGACAUUCAACUUCUGUAAAUAAUACAAUUAAAAGAUUAUGCAAAACACAGAA